AUGGACAAUUUGACCAACGAGACAUCGUCUUUGGGCGCCGAAUUUGGUGCCGCCGACUACUCAAUUUUCUGCCUAAUGUUAUCCCUGUCAUUAUCAAUUGGUGUCUAUUUUGGGUUCUUCGGAAAAGGUGCAGAUUCUACUGAUGAAUAUUUAUUGGGAGGAAGACAGAUGAAGACAAUUCCUAUUGCCAUUUCUUUGGUCGCAAGUCAAUUGUCAGGAAUUUCGAUAAUGUCAUUGCCGGCCGAGAUGUACGCCUAUGGGUCCCAAUUUGCAAUUUUGCUGCCCGUAAUGAUUUUAGUAACUGUGGCUGUGGUUUAUAUAUUUAUACCAGUAUUUUAUAGUCUGAAUUUGGCAAAUGCUUAUGAUUAUUUAAGAAUGCGUUUCGACUCCAAAGUUCGUGAAUUAAUUUGCACCAUGUUUAUAUUGAAUUUAUAUUUGGUUUUGCCAAUUGUGAUUUUUGUACCGGCUUUGGCAUUCGCUCAAGUUACUAAUAUUAAUAUUCAUAUCAUAAAUGCAGUGGUGUGUAUGAUCUGCGUUUUAUACACCAUGUUGGGCGGUAUAAAAGCAGUAGUAUGGACAGAUGUGAUGCAAGCAGGAGUAAUGGUGACCUCCUGCCUGUCUGUUGCCAUUUUGGGCGUAAUUCGAGUUGGAGGCAUGGGAGAAGUCUGGAGAAUUGCCAACGAAGGAGGAAGAGUCAUAUUAUUCAAUACUGAUCCAAGUCUAACAGCCAGAACAAGUAUUUGGAACACUGCAACAGGCAGUUUUACUUUAUGGUGCGCCUACGUCGGCCUGAACCAAAGUUGCGUCCAAAGAUAUGUGGCUUUGCCGAGUAUGAAACACGCCCAAAAGGCCAUGUGGCUGUUUCUGGUCGGAUUCUUUGUAAUAAUGUCCCUGAACUUCUACACCGGAUUCAUCAUGUAUGCCACUUACCACGAUUGUGACCCAAUGAAAAUCGGGAUUGUUAACAAGGCCGACCAGCUGAUGCCCCAUUUUGUGUCCCAAACAGUUGGCCAUAUACCUGGAAUGCCAGGAGUGUUUAUUGCAUGUGUUUUUAGUGCAGCCUUAAGUACAAUGUCAGCCAGUUUGAAUUCAAUGUCCGGAAUAAUCUACGAGGACUACAUAAGACGACUGAAUCUUUUCGAACAUACUGAAAGAAGGGCUAAUUUGGUUAUGAAAUCUGUAGUUUUUAUCACUGGUUGCUAUUGUGUUUUGGGAGGCUUGGUCGUCGAACAAUUCGAACACAUCCUUCAGAUCGUUACAGUAGUAGUCGGUAUCACGACAGGAGCCACAAUGGGCUCCUUCACCCUAGGAAUGCUAGUACCCAAAAUGGGUCCCAAAGGUGCCCUUUGGGGCUCUCUCGUAAGUUCAGCCCUGAUGUUAUGGAUAGCAACAGGUGCCCAAAUUGCUGUACUUAGUGGAAGACUGAAUUAUCCACGUUUACCCACCAGUACUGAAGGCUGUACUGGAAAUUUCACUGUUAUUGAUACCAGUCCAAAAGUGGUGGCACCAGAAGACGAGCCCUUCGUGCUCUACAAACUAUCAUUCAACUACUACUGCGGUUUAGGAACUUUGGUAACCUGGUUAGUCGGAUUAUUCGUCAGCUUUUUGUUUGAAAAUGAAGACCCUUCCACGAAAGAUAGGAGACUGUACGCACCUUGCGUCCAAAGAUUCCUGCCUAAAUCCACCCAAAACCAAACAAAGUCUUCGGAUAAAGAAUGCAUCAAAACCGAAGAGUACUUGCGCAAACAGUCCAUCAUAGCUCUAGAAUCCAAACUGGUGGAAACUUCUCAAGUUCCCACCAACAAUAUGGCAGAUGUCGUUUUACAAUAUACCAAAUCCUUCAAAAAUUCCUUACACAACGAAUCAAAUGAACCACAAAACCCUGAUUCUACUUCCAAAUUCGAAGGAGUCGUCGCCAAAAUGGUGAAAAACGGCCCUUAUUUGCAGAUACCACAGGAAGAACUGGAACCAGAAGACCAGUACGUUCUUCAGAAAAAACUUGCAAACAAUGAGGAUGAUUUUAAACAAGAUAGUUCUAAUAAUUUUAAGGAGUACUACAGGCCUAAACCAGCUCCUAAUACGCCAGAAAUCCUUUGCUAUCCGAUGAACGAUCAUAUAAUUGACAAUAUCAAUAAUAUUCCGAUAUGUGAAGAUGCGUCCAGAGAAUUGUACAAAGUUCCUGAACAGGAGGAAAUCGAAUUUGUGGAUUCCGAUGAAAAAAAAAGUUGAAUUCUGAUUUGUGUUUAGGUGUUC